CACCUCGAGUAUACAUCUCUUGCUGGUUGUUGAAUUCGAAGGAACGGUUCUACAGCACGGCGUGUGAAGUCCUCGAAAUACCGGUCUAAACUUAAUAUCUGGGUUAUUCUAUGCUUCGAGAUGCGUUCUCGGGCUUGAGCUGUUCGAUUGUGCUGCUAUACUCUCCUCUUUUCUUGCUAAGAUGUGAGAUGAGGUCUGAAUUGAGUUCAUCGGAAAUCAGAGCGAUGAACUUAAUUUCGGUCGAAGCCGUAGAACAUGUUCGAAAGAAACAGGGAAUGUUCGAUCUGAGUAAGAGGUUUAUUGGUAUUGACGAUGGUUUUGAUUUUAAAGUUCGGCUAGGGAAGAAGUCCGCGAUCUUUCCUUCAAUCACUAGAUACGAAAGGAACCGAACACGCAGUCGAACUGUGCACUUUAUAUCUUUGCAGUUGCUUCAAUCAUCAAAAGUUCUUUAGCGUACACUCUGUAGCGGGGCAAUGGGAAGUGAUAUAUU